AUGGGUGCUCUAGUGGCGCUAGUAUUAUGUAUCUUCUUUCACAAGGGCUUAACAGAAACUCCAUUAACCUUCAAUUUCUCUUCCUUCCUCGGUGAAUAUGACAAUACUGUUAUAUUAACAGAAGGAGAUGCCAACGUUGGUAACCCAUUCCUUCACCUAACAAAAGACAACAUAGGUGAACUAGAAACUAUGAGUGUUGGUCGAGCCUUCUACCGUGAACCCUUCCUCCUUUGGGACUAUGCCACAGAGAAAAUGGCGGAUUUCUCCACAAGUUUUACAUUCGCCAUCAUCAGUACAGACGAGACAGCACCCUCCUGCGGUGCUGGGUUUGUGUUCUUCCUAGCACCAUAUGGAACGAUACUCUACAGCUCAUUAGGAGCUGGAGCCAGUCUUGGCCUCCCCAUCAACAGCACACAGCAAAACGUCACCGUCCCGAAGAGUCAGUACCCAUUUGUGGCAGUGGAGUUUGAUAUCUACCCGAAUAUACUUCCACCCGUAGACGAUCCCCGCUAUCAACACGUUGGCAUCGACGUCAACUCUAUCAGGUCUAGUAAAACCGCUCCUUGGAAUCAUGCUACACUUUCAUCUCAUAACUAUCUUCAAGGAGAUGAAGUCAAUACUGCGUGGGUUAGUUAUAAUUCUACCACGAAGAAUCUUAGUGUGGCCUUCACUAGUUUUGUACAUGAUGACCCGGUGAUUAGUUAUCUUUAUUACGUUGUUGAUCUGAGGCAGUGCUUGCCGGAUGUGGUCAUUGUUGGGUUCUCUGCGGCAACGGGGAAUCAAACUGCAAUGCAUAAGAUCAUCUCUUGGAAUUUUACUUCUACUUCUUUGGAGAUUCCUCCGCCAAUCCCCGCCUACUCUAAUGUAUCAGCAAGACAAGUUGUCUGGUUGAUUAUUGGUGGGUGUAUUUUUAUAGUUGGCGGGUUCGUCUGGUGGAAGGAAAGGGAAACCAGAGAGAGUGAUAGAGAUGGUAUGAUUACUGAUGGGAUCAAAUAUGAAUUGCAAAACGGGUUUGGCCCAAGACAGUUUACAUACAGUGAAUUGGCUCAUUCUACAAGUAAGUUUGCAGAGGGAGAAAAGCUUGGAGAGGGAGGAUUUGGUGGGGUUUAUAGAGGCUUCAUAAAACAGUUGAACUUGUAUAUUGCUGUUAAGAGGAUAUCCAAGGAGUCUAGACAAGGGUUGAAGGAGUAUGCUUCAGAACUAAGGACUAUCAGUCGACUUAGGCAUCGAAAUGUGGUGCAACUCAUUGGUUGGUGCCAUGAAAAAAGAGAACUUUUACUUGUUUACGAGUUAAUGCCCAACAGCAGCUUAGAUUUCCAUCUGUUCAAAGCACAAAGCUUGUUGAUUUGGGAGGUAAGAUACAGAAUUGCUUUAGGCUUGGCCUCCGGACUGUUGUAUCUACACGAAGAAUGGGAACAAUGUGUACUACAUAGGGAUAUUAAGUCCUCUAAUGUGAUGUUGGAUUCAAAUUUCAAUGCCAAACUUGGGGAUUUUGGGUUAGCUCGACUCGUGGACCAUGGAAAACAAUCACAAACAACAGUUCUGGCUGGAACCAUGGGCUACAUGGCUCCAGAAUAUAUAACCACGGGAAAGGCUAGCAGGGAAUCUGAUGUCUAUAGCUUUGGGGUUGUUGCUAUGGAGAUAGCUUGUGGGAGAAAACCCAUCGAUUCCAAGUUUGAAAGUGAUCAAAUCAGCAUGGUGGAAUGGAUUUCUGAGCUUUAUGCAGAAGGAAAAGUUCUCGAAGCGGCCGACCCAAAACUCUGUGGAGAAUUUGAUGAGAAGCAAAUGGAGUGCUUGCUGAUUGUUGGAUUGUGGUGCGCUCACUUCAAUCACAACAUCAGGCCUUCGAUACAAGAAGCUAUCCAAGUGCUUAACUUCAAACUUCCAUUGCCCAUUCUCCCAUCCAAUAUGUCGAUGGCCACCUUUGCGCCUUCAGUUUCAUUCUCAACAUUGUCAAAUGAUACUACUGGUUUUGAAAAAAGUCAAACCAAGUCCACCUUUGUUCACUAA